AUGGCCUGUCGUGGUAAAUACAGCUGUAGAGGAGAGAGAUCAGACUCACAGAGAUCAGACCUCAGUGCUGCUGUUACACUGACUGUAUCAGAUUUCCCCACACCUACACUGACUGUGACUCCAAACAGUCCUGUAUUCACUGGAGAGAGAGUGAGUCUGAAAUGUGUGAUAAACUCUGAUCACCGUGACUGGAGAUAUGAGUGGUAUAAAGACAGCAAUGAAGUGUCUAAACGUCACACUGUAAACAGAAACACUCUCACUAUUGAACGAUCUGAAAAAUCUGAUGCGGGUCAGUACACGUGUAAAGGACACAUAGAUGGAAGAUCAGUCUCAUCAAACUCAAGCUCUGCUGUUUCUCUCUUGAUGAAGGAUUUACCCAGAUCUACACUGACUGUGACACCAGACAGUCCUGUAUUCACUGGAGAGACAGUCAAUCUGAAGUGUGUGAUUGAGUCUUACAGAAACUGGAGAUAUGAGUGGUAUAAAGGCACAGACAGUGCAAUGUUACAGGCGUCUAAGCGUUACACUGUAAACAGAGGCACUCUCUCUAUCAAUGGAGUAACUGCAUCUGAUGCGGGUCAGUACUGGUGUAGAGGACAGAGAGAUGAAAGACCAAAAUCAUCACAAUCGAGCUCUGCUGUUUCUCUCACUGUGACGG